CAGCAAAUGAAAACAUUGGGUAAUAUCUUCCAACCCGCGCCAUGCUGAACCUCUCCGUGGUGCUCCGGCUGCAAUCCUCCCGACAGACGGCUUCGUUUGCCACCGCGGUGGCGGUGAAGACGCAAACGAAACCUCCAAAGGCCAAGCCCACGAAGAACAAGUCGAAAAACCAGAGGGAUCUAGCCCUAAUCUCCUGCAGAAGAAGUCAGUUUAAUUUAACCCAAUAUGAACGAGCGGAUGCCAAGUUCGGGAGUCUACCGCUGGCCUCCAAGGGAUGGCUGCACAACAAAUCCAAGGGAGACUUCUUCAUCCUGAACGCCAGCGUGCAAGGCGAGGAACUGCAGCAGGAAAUGCAGGCCAUCGAUGAGUUCCUUAGCGCCACAGGGCUCCAGCUUCACCCGCAACUCAUGGAGAACCUGCAGGCCGAACUUGGCGUCAAACUGGUGACGGGAAUCCAGAAGCAGGGUAUACCCAUUGUGCACGGGAAGGAACACUGCCUGAUUGCCGCCGAAACUGGGUGCGGCAAGACGCUUACUUAUCUGCUGCCCAUCCUGGACAAACUGCUCCAAAGGGAAUUACUUCCCGAACGAAAACUCAACACUCCCCGAGUCUUGAUCCUCACUCCGGGCAGAGAACUGGCCACCCAGAUAGCUGGGGUCGCGGAGAAGCUCCUCCAGGGCACCGAUCUCAAGGUGCAAUCCCUACUUGGAGGCAACACCAAGCAGCUGAUGAUGAAUCCGCAGUUCGAGGAGGUGGACAUACUGGUGGCCACCUUGGGAGCGCUGAGCAAGCUGGUCACCACAGGCAUCUACCGCAUGGAGCAGGUUCGCCACCUAGUUCUAGACGAAGCGGACACUCUGCUAGAUGACACAUUCACGGAUAAGCUGACGUACUUCCUCAGGAGAUUUCCCUUUCAUCUGGUGCAAAAGGAGGAUGCUGGCACCCAGCUGAUUCUGGCCUCGGCCACCAUGCCCACGAACACCAGGGAGAUCCUGCACAAAGUCAUCGAUGUGGACACCAUCCGGGAGGUAGUGAGUCCGCACCUGCACCGCCUGAUGCCCCAUGUGACGCAAAAGUUCCUGCGCAUGUCGAAGGCCGACCGUCCCGCCACCAUCCUGUCGCUCGUCAAGCAGGAUCUCGCCAAGCGCCGGCCACUAAUUGUGUUCAGCAACAAGUCCACCACCAGCGACUAUGUCUCCAUCUUCCUGAACAACAGCGGAGUGAACUGCUUGAACCUGAACGGGGAUAUGCUGAUGAAGAUCCGGCUGGGCCGCUUCGAGCAGUUCCAGAAGGGUCACUGCGAUGUGCUCUCCACCACUGACGUGGGAAGUCGUGGGCUGGACACCACCCGCGCACGACAUGUGGUCAACUUCGACUUCCCGCUCCACGUUUCCGACUACAUCCAUCGGUGUGGCAGGAUCGGGCGAGUGGGCAACAUGGACAAGGCACUGGUCACCAACCUGAUAUCCUCGCGACGCGAAAUCGAUGUUGUCCAGCGGAUUGAGCACGCAGCUCGAACGGGUGGACUGCUGCCGGAUGUGAAUGCCAACAUCCGGAACAUCAUCAACAAGCGAAUUGUCGCCGAGAUGAAGGCGGCGGGAGUCCCGGUUCCAGUUUUGGGAUCAGGAAACGGUCAAGGCCAGGAAGAGGCAUUUUAGUCUUGUAUUCUUUAUGUUUAACGAGUAAAGUUUUGAUUUCUAAACC